UUGCAGUCGAUCAUCUGGACCAGUGAAAGUUUGUUAUUACUUCGCGCUGCACGGACCUCCCGUCAUUACGAGCAAAAGAACAGCGAGACAACACGCGCUAUGCAUUCCGAGGAGAAGAAACAACCCACAUCUUUUUCUGUGAACCACAUCUUACAAGCCGCCGAGAACACAAUGUCUAGUGAAAGAGCAAGAGAGACAGACGGCGCAAAUACUGCCAAUUCCAGCGAAGACAGCAACGUCAAGAUUACCCUGGACGAGGCGGAUUUGUGGCGGAGAUUCAAGUCACUGACCAACGAGAUGAUAGUCACCAAAAACGGAAGGUGAGUAAGUUAACUGAGACCACCCUUAAAAAAAUUGUUCUGAGUGCAUUUCAUUUAAUUUUUGGGUUUUAUUUAUAGACGGAUGUUUCCCGUACUCAAGAUCAACGUCACUGGACUAGAGCCUAAAGCAAUGUACUCUUUCUUGCUCGAUUUCGUGUCCGUUGAUGGUCACCGAUGGAAGUACGUGAAUGGAGAAUGGGUGUCAGGUGGAAAACCAGAACCUCCGACCCCUAGCUGUGUAUACAUCCACCCUGAUUCGCCAAAUUUUGGAGCACAUUGGAUGAAGCAGCCCGUAGUUUUCUCCAAAGUGAAACUGACCAACAAACAAAAUGGCAAUGGGCAGGCAAGAAAAUUUCUCUUUUGUGUAUUUGUUUUAUUUUACGCGGCAUAAAAGAAAACCUUUUUCCUAAUCAGACUUCAAAGAAAAAAAAAACUUCACUUUCUUAUUCGGCCAGUUUGUUCUGGGUAAAAUUUAAUAAUGGCCAGGUAGAUGAUUGUGUUUAAUGUUGUUCACAAAGAAAUUAGCUAUUGAAUAAAGCACGUGAAUUGAAGUAUCUCUUGAUUUAUCGCAAAUGUUAUUUUUUUGUCGUUGCAAAACCAGCCAAUUAUUGAAUGGCUGUGUCUUUUUCCUUUACAGAUUAUGCUGAAUUCCUUGCACAAGUACGAGCCAAGAAUACACAUCAUUCGUGUGGGUGCACCGGAAAGCAAUAGAACAGUGGUCUCGCAUUCAUUUCCAGAGACGCAAUUUAUCGCGGUAACAGCUUAUCAAAACGAAGAGGUUUGUUUGGCAUUGAUUGCAAAUUUGAUUUCUUAGCUGGUGGUCUUUUUUUCAGUAGUAUCCAGGGAAAUUUAAUGAGGCUAAAGAAAAUUGCUUUCUAUUCUUAUCAUCGCGCAGAUUACAAGUUUAAAGAUAAAGUAUAACCCCUUUGCGAAGGCUUUCCUGGACGCGAAAGAACGGUAAGGAUUUAUCGUCACGCGCUAGCAUGUGAAUGUCUUUAAUUAUUUCACUUUUUUUUGUCUGAGUCUUAUAAAUUCUUCUAACUUUUCAGGCAAGAGCAAAAAGAGGCCCUAGAGCAGGCUGUGGAGUCUCAUUCGGCCUAUUCGCAAUGUGAGUUUGUUAUUUCACAACAAAUUGAUUUGUUAUUUUAAGAGAUGUUUGUGAAUUGUACACUUGAAACUUGGUCAAUCGUAUGUUGUGUGAUGCUUUUGGAGGGCACUUUCAAACUCUGUUCCAUGAUUAGAGACUCUCUGUGGCGUUAGCGCUUAUGUGUGCGCGUCAGCGAAUCGUUGAAAAUCGUUAAUGCCCGUGGUUUUGAGAUGAGAAUUUCCUCGAGCAGUCGAUAUUCCAAUGUUAGAUUUUGCAUCGAGAGGAACUGGGUUGACAGUUGGUUAAAUUUUACGCUCACAUUUCGCACCUAUUCUGUCAUGCCACGCAUGAUAUUAUUGCGCGUUUUCCUUUAGGAAGAAGUGUCUGCAUUACUUAAGAUGUCUUUUGUUGAAAACAAGAAGCAGAAAAAGUGAGAAAUCAGCCUCGUUUUUGUUCACACAUUUUUCACGCUAGGCGUCUUGUUUCGCAUCACCUCGAACGCGAUUUUUUGUCUUUGGUCGUGUACGUUACCAAUGUCUCUUACUUAUUGAUCUUUCGGUUUCUAAUAAUUUUAUUUUUGCAGAUGGUUGGUUUUGCGCUGGUCCGUCGCCUGUUUACCAACACCACCAUCACCCAAGACCGUACGCGCACAUUCCUUCUUCGCCAUAUGACCGUUUAGGAAUCAGAGGCCAUCGCCCAUCUCCGUACCCUAACCCAUACCACAAGCGAACGGAUUUGCCAACACAAGGUAACUAUCUCUCUUUCUCGCAAGUUUGACGAUGUUUUGCCGAAAAAACGCUGAAAAUGGUUGGCGCUAGGUUUGAAAACUACUGAUCCGUGAAUUUAUUUGGAUAAUUGCAUCAAAUGAAAGUUUUUCCUUUUAUACACCAAAAAAUACCAGUUUACGUGGCUCACGAUCGAAGGCCGGUUUUUACAAGGUAACGGGUGUAAAGCUUUUUGGCCUAUCCCUGGACAAUUAAAACCUUUUUGAAGGAAAUCGCCACGGAAUUUUUAUACCGGAUACAUAUAUAUACUCAAUGCAAAUUUUAUGUCAACUUUGAGAGCAAUUCUUGACGGGAAUUUUACUCUUGUCAAAAUUGUCCAGGAUAUCAACAGCAUUUUGUCAAUAGAGAAAGAUUCACUUUUUAUUGUGAUAUAACAGAAUGAUUGCUGAUGCAAUAGUUCGUAAGUAAAAUUUAAUAAAAGUUCAAUCGAUCGAAAAAUUGCCCGAAUAGAACACAGCUUAGAGAGAAAAAGACAAAAAGAAAGAACCAUUUAGCUUUCCUUUGGCUUCCUCGCAAAUCAGAAGGCGACUUAAAAUAUUCGUUUUUUGACUGGAAAGUAAUAUACGGAGACCAGCAAGUUAUUGAAUCUUUUUUUACCUUUGUAAGUUGCGCAGUUUGUGCAGCUGCCCUCGUUCAUUGUCGAACGAAGAAUGCGCCUGAACACUUCAUACAAUAGCUCAAUCGACCAAAUGGCGCAGACGCAACCCCCAAACCCCAUGUUAACCUUCAAAGGCGUUCUAUGCGGCCUAAACAAACCUCCCAAACCAGCUUGCUUAUUUUUUUCUCCUAUCAUUUAACGUCAGAGAAGUCGAGAAAAAACUAUCUGUUUAAUCACUGACCUUUUUUUUUUUUACGGUAGACCUUUUACAAAGCUUCCCACCUUGACGGCUUUUUUGUCGCAGUUUUUUUAUGAAACUAAUUUUUGCAAUUGGUCUUAAAGGUAACAUGCGAUCUUGUCAUUCUAUAAAAUGCGUAUUUUAUUCCGUGCUAUAAAUACGAAAUAGCUUUAGUCUGGAUCAUAUGCCCUUCUAAUAGCUGAAGGAUUGUUUUCCAAAUCAGAUAUUACUUUGAGAAAACCAGCCUGAACAACGGGACUUGAAAAUUUCUUUUGGCUCAUUCUGUAACCUCUGGCAACGGACGGUAAUCUGAUCAUAAGGGACUUGCUAAAAUGGUGUUUCUUUAAUUUCUCUCUUUUACACAAAAAAGUCGAGAACUUUACUAGGCAAAGAGUCUACUAAGACGUGGGAAUGUAUUCAAUAAAAUGACGUGAAAAGAAAGUCUUUGCAAGUCAACUUGUUUUGAAGCAUUCAAAUAUAACAGCACUCCGAGUUAAAUAGGUGACAGCUCAUCUAGUUUUACUUUUUAUUCUCGGUAAAACUACGGUUAACGCUGAACGCUGAAUUGAUAGCUUUUUAGCUUAUUCUUAAUGCAACCUCUAAAGACGUAGAGGUAAUAUAGAUUAUUUUUACAAGGCAAUGGCUUAAUCCCUUUCUUUAAUGCGUUGCACAAAUUUUGUGGUUGAAAAUAAAUGUGGUCAAAUUUACUUUUGAACUCCUUUAACAGCCUUAAAAGAAAACUACUCUUUAACCACUGCCACGAUUGGAUACGGUAGUUGUAACUUUUUAUUCUGAGGACGAAAUCUAAUGGUGUCGGCAUUCAAAUGAAACCUCUUCAGCGGCACUUUCGUGCUUUUGUCAUUCAGCAUUUUACAAAGUAAAUCAAAAUUUUUGUUUAGUUUUUACUUUGUCCGCAGGGUUAAGCACGUCUUCAAAGUAUACUCAGCCAUUUUUCUUUUUCAUGUUCUCAGCUGUAGCUCACGCACCUCAGUAUUUUCCAAGCGACUCCAACCAGCUGAUUUUACCUGGCCCCACAGCUUUGGACAACAUUUCCAUGUCAACGGCCUCGCUUGCGACGCACUCGCAUCACACGCCAGCCGGCCCUCAUCAGCUACAUCCCGGGCUGAGCCCAUUCAUGGCUAAUUCUUCCUACAGCUCGGCUCAUAGAAGUACUAUCGAUAUGGACUUGGCUCAUAAGGAAACUGACAGAUCGAAAUGUCUUCAACCGCCUGGGUUGUCUCUCCAUCCAACUUGGAAUACUCUGGGUCAAGCCUAA